AAUCAUUAUGUAUCGCAUGCGUCAAUGUGCGUCAUCACUAGGGGACGACGCAUGUCACGCUGGCUGUAAACUGCAAGUUCAUAAAAACUACACGUAAAGCCACAAACAUCAUGGCUUCAGAGGAUGCAUUUAAAGUGUCUUCUCUAAAAGGGAAAGUGGCCCUGAUAACUGGAGCCAGCUCAGGUAUUGGAGCAGGUACAAGCGUCCUGUUCGCCAAACUGGGAGCUCUGCUGGCUCUGAACGGCCGUGACGUGGAAAACCUCAACAAAGUGUCCACACAGUGCACGGAGUGUGGAGGAGCCGAGCCUCUGCUCGUUCCAGGAGACCUCACUGAUGCGGAGACGGUGAAGAAGACAGUUGAGCAAACUAUCGCUCACUUUGGCCGGCUGGACGUCCUGGUGAACAGCGCCGGUAUCCUGGCCAUGGGCAGCAUCGAGACCACAGACCUGGCUCAGUAUGACAGGGUCAUGAACAUCAAUGUGAGAUCUGUAUAUCACAUAACUCAACUCUGCGUCCCCCACCUGAUCAAGACCAAAGGCUCCAUCGUCAACGUGUCCAGUGUGAAUGGACAGAGAGCAUUCCCUGGUGUGCUGGCAUAUUGCAUGUCAAAGUCUGCCAUUGAUCAGUUCACAUGUUGUGUAGCACUUGAGCUUGCAUGUAAGCAGGUCAGAGUGAACUCUGUCUGCCCUGGUGUGAUCGUCACAGAAGUCCACAAGAGAGCAGGGCUGGAUGACGACCAGUAUGCACAGUUUCUUGCAAAAUGUAAGCAGACCCACGCCCUCGGCAGACCCGGGGAGGUGGAUGAAGUGGCCCACAGCAUCGCCUUCCUGGCGUCUGACGCUGCCAGCUUCAUCACUGGAGUAAACCUUCCCAUCGAUGGGGGCCGUCAUGCCAUGUGCCCAAGAUGAGACCAUGUAUGUCAUGAUGCAGCAGCGUGCUAAUAUGGUGAUUCUCAACUUCAAGUGUGCUUUGUGUCUUAUUAUAUCAAAUAAGUCUGCAGUUAAAGGAGUUGCUUUACUGUCACUUAAACUGCUCAGUGGAGAACUGUUGUUAGAAAAACACAAGAUUUUCCUUCAAAGACAUAAUGUAACUGUGUGUUAACAGCGCUAACAGCUGUCAGGAUGUGACGGAUUUUGUGUAAACUUAAAAAAAGCAAGUCAAAACACACUGCCACAAGCAGGCAGUUUGAAUUCAAUUAUAUUUACUCACUUUGUUAUGAGGAAAAAAAAGAAAGCUGCUCGUCAAGAAAAGGUUCAGACUUUUAUUGAAUUACCUGAAGAGUCAUUCGACUCCAUUCACUCAACAUAAAUCUCUGUACAGACCAAACACCUGUGAGUACAUGUACCGCUGUAGCUAAUUGUUGUGUGUUGUAAGAAAUCCUCUGAGUUUAUUGAUUGGUUGACCCAACCAUCAUUGCUGCACCUUUGAAAGAGAUUUGAAAGACAGUAAAUAAAAGGAUGGUCAUGUCCUCACAUACA